AUGCAUAUUUCUGGGUUUCUCACAUCAUUUGUUCUAAUCCAUUUAUUUGCUUCCCUAGCAUCCCUCACUGCUCAACCGUUAGACACAGACUUGCCGUCUUUCAAGUGUAUGACCCAUAAUGCCACAUGUGAAGCCUUGGUGGGUUACCUCUCUCACAACAACACUACACUCGGCCGCAUCCAAUCCCUAUUUCAGGUGAACGAUCUGAGCGCCCUUUUAGGGGUAAACCUCCUCCCUCCUACCACCCCUGAAAACUACACCAUAGCAGAGGGUCAAACUGUUAAAAUCCCCUUCCCUUGCCGCUGUACCAAUGGCAUUGGUCUGUCUGACAGGAUCCCAAUCUACACAGUUACCAAGAAUGAUACUCCAAACUCUAUAACAACGAAUGUUUUCUCAGGAUUGGUGGCAGCAGGUGUUUCAGAUUCUGAACUGGUGACCUUGCAGCAGAUUCAGAACUUGCAGAUUGGAACCAAGUUGUGGGUCCCACUUCCUUGCAGCUGCGAUCAAGUGGAGGGGCAGAAGGUGGUACACUACGCUCAUGUCGUGCUACCCGGAGACUCCCUGGAUGCCAUUGCCGCUGAGUUUGAGACAACUACAGAAACAUUAGUUAGUAUAAAUAACAUUACCGAUCCUUACUCCAUACGCAUUGGUAAGGUGUUUGAUGUACCUCUUAAAGGUCAAGUUCUUCAGAACCUUACUAUCUCUCUCUCUCUCUUUCUCAUAGUCUAA